UAUAUUAUACGCAUUCCAAUAAUAAUAAUAAUAAUAAUAAUAAUAAUAAUAUUUUAAUUCCUCUUUAUAUCAAUAUCAGAAGGAGCCCAACACCAUUUGCUUCUUCUACCUCCUCUCAUCUCUCUCUUGUAGAUUUCGUUCAAAGCAUCAGUCUUUUAGGCAUUCCUCGGAUUGUGUUCGUCCAUGGGCGCUUUGGAUGAGGGUCAUUAUGAUGUGGAGCUUGAAAAUGCAUUAAAACUGUGUUGUAAUGAAUUGGGUCGGGAGGAAGAACCAGAAAUUGAGGGUGCUGUGAGGACUUUGUUGCAAGGCUUGGGUGAAGACAUCAAUAGGGAAGGCAUAAAAAAGACUCCGCUUCGAGUUGCUAGGGCUCUUCGACAUGGAACUAGAGGUUACAGACUUAAUGUGAAGGAGAUUGUGCAAGGUGCUUUAUUUCCUGAAGCAGGUCUAGAUAAUUGUAAAAUUGGCCAUGGUGGAGGAGCAGGGGGUCUUGUUAUUGUUCGUGAUCUUGACCUCUUUUCAUACUGUGAGUCUUGCUUGCUACCUUUCCAGGUGAAAUGUCAAGUAGGUUAUGUUCCAUCCGGGCAGCGAGUUGUUGGCCUUAGCAAACUUUCUCGGGUUGCUGAUGUCUUUGCCAAGCGCCUACAGGAUCCACAACGACUGGCAGAUGAAAUUUGUUCCACUUUGCAACAUGUAAUUAAGCCCGCUGGUGUUGCUGUUAUUCUUCAAUGUCGUCACAUACAUUUCCCUUCUUUAGAGUCUAUGUUUUUUAAUUCUCUUGAAGGGUGGACAAAGUUGCUGGUAUCCUCUGGAUCUGGAGUUUUUGAAGAUGAAGAUUCUAUUAUUUGGAGUGAGUUUCUUAGUCUAUUGAAAUUUAGAGAUUUUAUAGCUGAUAGAAGUCGAGAAAGGAACUCUUUUGUUUAUUGGUGCCCAGCUCGGGCUUCUCCAAUCAGUAAAAUAUCAUCCAGUUCAGGUACUGUAAAUCAUGGUAUGGUUAGUGCAGUCACUUCAAUUCUAAAAUCUUUGGGUGAAGAUCCACUAAGGAAAGAGCUUAUUGAUACUCCUGUACGAUUUGUGAAGUGGCUUAUGAACUUUCAGAAUUGUAAUUUGGAUAUGAAGCUAAAUACAUUUGCUCCUAAUGAGUCGGUACCUCUCAAAUCAGAUGGCGACCUUAAAUUGGACGCAGAGAUCCACAGUGAGGUUAACUUGUCGUUUUGGUCGCAAUGUGAACAUCACUUGCUUCCUUUUUAUGGAGUUGUGCAUAUAGGUUACCUUUGUGCUAAAGGAGUGAUUCCCCUUCGGAAGGCUCUUGCUCAGUCAAUUGUCCACUUUUAUGGUUUCAAGCUCCAGGUACAGGAGAGGCUGACUAGACAAAUUGCUGAAACAGUUGCACCUCUUGUUGGUGGAGACAUAAUAGUGGUAGCCGAGGCUAGCCAUACAUGCAUGAUCUCCCGAGGUAUCGAGAAGUUUGGGAGCAGCACAACUACAGUUGCUGUUCUUGGUCGGUUUUCAUCUGAUCCAAUAGCUAGGGCAUUGUUUUUGGAAAGCCUUCCUAGCACUAACAAUUUCUAAGGUUGAUGUUUUGAGCUCGGGAGAUUCUUUUAUAUAAUCCCUGUUGCAAGGCAUCACUAGGCCGUGUUGUCUCGAGCUUUUUUUUAGUCUCUACGUAUUGGAGGCAGGACAAGCAGGCUUCAUCACCAUAUGAUUUGAGAUUUUGCGGGUAUGGCAGGUUUAUCUUGAUAAUUGACUCAUUUAUCCAUGUUUUUUCAUUUUGUAUCAAUGUGGUCUUCAGUGGAGGUUUCCUCCCGGGGUCAUAUGUUUGCUAUGCUUAUACGCCAGUCAUUCAAUUUUCUUACUGAGUUGGAGUUUUUUUCCCAGUAGUUUGUACACUGUUACACAGAACUACAAAUCUGGAGUUCAAUGAGAUUGAUCUGCUUGCUCAA